GCCGCCAGAGUGAGAGCUGUUCCGAAGUCGCCUUUUGUUUUUGUUGACCUGGUCAUCCAUCUGUGUGCGGCUUUUCACCCAGUUCGCCCGAGAUUAUUUCCAUGCCAAAUGGCCGCCUUUAUGGAGGAAGCGUUGGUGGAGGCACGGCGAGCACGUGACGCCGGCGAGGUGCCCGUGGGCUGUGUUUUCGUUCAUGGAGACAAGGUGGUCGCACGUGGCGGGAACGAGGUGAACAUCCACAGGAACGCCACCCGACAUGCCGAGUUCAUUUGCAUCGACGCGAUCCUGGCCAGCUGUCGCGAGAGACGUCUUCCCGCGCGUCAGCUGUUCAGCGAGAUUACCGUGGUGGUCACCGUGGAGCCCUGCAUCAUGUGCUCCGCAGCCCUCCACACGCUGGGGGUCAAGGAGAUCAUCUAUGGCUGCGAAAACGAUCGCUUUGGUGGCAAGACCGUGGUGGACGUGGCAGCCGUCGUUGGCCAAAGGAUCGAUAUCACGGGCGGAGUUCGAGCGGAUGAGGCGAUGGCCCUGCUGAAGGAGUUCUACAAGGGCGACAAUCCGGCGGCACCGCCACAGGCCAAGAAGAAGAAGUAGGAUGAGUCAGGCAAAGUACCAACCACUUUCGGGAAAUGGGGAGCAGGAAUGGAGUUACCAACAAACCCUUAAGGAAAGCGGGGAGCUGCAACAGAUUGUGGAUCAUAGAACCUUCGAGAACUUACCCUAAAGAAGAUAAGGUAGUUAGCCUCCAGAGGUAAAGAAGAUAAAUAGGUAGAGAAACUAUAAACCUUCGGUAAAACCAACUAUUUCCCGACCAAAAAAAUUCCUGGGAACCAAAAAUUUCCUGAAAUCCAUAGUUUAAACCUACAAAAGGGGCAAAACAACCAACUUAUUUAUUUUAUAAAACAAUAUUAAGUGUCCCGAUAUGAAAUGGAGUUUGCUUCCUUUAAGAAAAAGUAGUUAGCAAAGAAACUACAUCCAUUUGCAUCCUGGAAAAUAGCCCCGAAAGUAAAUUAAGUUCCACUGCAUCAUUCUUCAACGAUUUUUGUAUAUGUUUCAAUUUAUUAUAAGUUUUAAGCAUAGUCUAAGAUAUAUAUAUAUUAUUGUAUAUGGCGUUCAGAACGUAUGUUUAAACUCUAAACAUAAAUACAAUUCCUGCAUAAUAGCUACAACAUUUA